AUGAACAAGCCGCGAAGAAAAUAUAAAGAUUACGAUGAGAGCUUACUAAACAUUGCUGUAGGUCUCGUCGAAAAUAAAAAUAUUACUUCAUACGACGCUGAGAAACAAUUUGGUAUCCCUCGCCGCACGAUUUUAAAUAAAGUAAAACAAAAACACACGAAAAAAGUCGGAUGUCCCACCAAACUGCCACCAGCUGAUGAACAGAAAAUAGUCAGUUGUUUAAUUCUUUGUGGAGAAUAUGGGUAUCCUAUUACUAGCUUUGAAUUAAGAUCAAUCGUACAUGAUUACUUAAUCAAAAAUGGACUCAGUAAUAUUUUUAACUAUAAAAUGCCGGGUCAGAAGUGGGUAAGAAACUUCUUGAAACGCCACAAAAAUGUCCUGACGGUGCGUUCUACAAAUAAUAUUAAAGAAUCCCGAGCCAGUAAGAGUGUAAAGGACUACAAUACAUAUUUUGAAAAUUUGAAGAUUUCAUUGCAUAAUGUCAAACCAGAUCAUAUAGUGAACUAUGAUGAGACCAACUUUUCCGAUAACCCAGGAUCUCAAAAAUGCAUAUUUAAAGCAGGUACUAAAUACCCAAACAAAACACUAAACAAUACCAAGACGGCGAUAUCUGUUAUGUUCUCAGCUACGGCAAGUGGAGAAAUUUUCCCACCAUAUGUCGUAUACAAAGCAGACAAUUUGUGGACAAAUUGGUGUGCAAACGGGCCUGAAGGAACCAGAUACAACAAAACCAAAUCUGGUUGGUUCGAUUCGUAUACUUUUGAAGACUGGUUUAAUACCAUAAUUAUCCCAUGGGCUGUGAAAACCACUGAUCCUAAGGUUUUAAUUGGAGACAAUUUAUCGUCACAUAUGAAUGUAAAUAUAAUAACUAAGUGUGAAGAACAUAAUAUCAGAUUUAUCUUUUUGCCACCUAACUCCACUCACUACACUCAACCUCUCGAUGUGGCCUUUUUCGGCCCAUUGAAGAGAGAAUGGAGGCGAAUUUUAACGGACUACAAAGUUCGACACCCAAGUUCUAACACAUUAAACAAACAAAUAUUCCCCGAAUUAUUAAAAAUGUUACUAGAUGCAACAAAAAUUACACAGAAAAAAAACAUAAUUAGCGGAUUUCGUGCUGCUGGGAUACACCCCAUUAAUCCAGAAGCUAUAUUAAAGAAAUUGCCAGAUUAUCGUAGGCCACAAGCAAACAUUACUUACGAUGAGACUUUUGUCAAUUAUUUGAAAGGUUUAAGAAACCCGGCGAACCGGCAAAUAAGAAAUACAAAUAAAAAAAUAUUUAUAGAGCCUGGAAAAUCAGUAACUGUUACCGAUCUCGUAAAUGAAAAAACUCGAAAACGAAAAGCACCAGAUACAACUCUUAGUAACGCAAAAAGACUCAAUCCUAAGAAGAAUAUCAUCCCCAAAGAAAUCCAAUUACAGGAAGACGUGAAAGAAACACAUUCAACUAUUGCAGAUUCUUUGAUUAUAUAUAAUCAAAGUGUGGGUAAUACUUUUGACAAUGUCUCAUUACACGUUAGACGAGAUUCGUCAUCCGAUGCUGACAAUAACCAACUUAUGACUAAUUUGAUAGUAAAUGCUGAAAUACAUCAAAAACAUGGAGAUAUGGAAUUAUCUGACCAGAAAAAUACCAAAAGUAUUUACAACGUUCAACCAGGCGUUAUUGUGAAUGUUGAUAAAAAUUUAUGUUUAUCAAAUGACCGGACUUUAUUCAAAAAUAUUUCUAACUUUGGUGCAACUACAUCAAAUGAAACUAUGACGAAAAGCCGAAUUCUCUCCAAUGUAAUUAUAAAAUCCCCAGAUAGAAUCUCAUUUGAUGAUAGUAUUUCAGAUGACUAUACUAAGCAGGAAAAGGUGUUUCCAAAAAGUAGGAGCAAUCAAGGUUCGAGUUCAGAAAGCUCAGGAAUGUAUACUGUGCAUGAUUCGUCUUGUGAUGAACAUUUUCUUCCAUCUUUCAGUGACACGGAAACGUACAUAGACGAAAUGUAUGAAGAAUUGGAACAAAAUAAUGCUAAAGAAAAUGAUAUGUAUGAAAUAGGAAUUGAUAAAUAUGUUCUUGUUAAAUUUUCAACAUCAAAGUUGGCUAAAUAUUAUAUUGGUCUAGUAAUCAAGUACAACGAUUUGGAGCGCGUAUAUACUAUAAAAUACUUAAGAAAAAAUUCAAAAGGUACAUUUUACUGGCCACUAGUAGAUGAUGUCUCAGAAAUAACUUUACUUGAUGUAGAAAAAACGUUGCCAAAUCCACAAGUUGGACGUAGAGGGACAUUAAAGUUUGAUUUAGAUAAUUUAGGUGUUCCUUUGUCAAACAUUUAUUGA